UGAUAACAGAGACUAUUUCGACUCCCCAAUGAACACCUUUGACGAAAGGUCGCAACUGAUAGUCUUGUAUUACCACACUUUUAUAUUUGCUACCACUUGUCAAUUCUAAACUAUCAACUACCUUGCAUACGGAUCCCCGGCAACGACAAGUUUACCCUGCCAUUCAAGUUAUGUCCCUUGUAGGGGAUAGCCUCUCUGUCGCUAUAAGUACAGCUUCAUCCCGGACAGACACUCGCCAUCUUUCCAACGAAGAUACCAGUACAACAGACUAUUGCACGAAAGGAAAAAUCCAAGACAUUCUCACCUUACUGACAGAGCUAUGGACAAUACAUACAUCCCUGGAACUAGUUACGGAUACGGUGACCAGUCUUAUUGGCCGACAAGCACAGUUAUGGCUAGAGAUGUAUCACACGGAAGCGAGUAUAGCAACUACUCGGCAACUAGUAACGGACAAUACGAUUUUACAGUGCCGCCGAGUCCUGAAGUUAUGGGCAGCUAUGACUUCUACAAUGUGGCAGACGCAGGGACAUUCGCAACGGGUGGGCAAGGAUACGAUGUAAACAACCAAGUAGAGGAGCAAGAGUUUCAAUAUCAGUUCUACGACUUCAUUGCCAAUGACAAUUCGGGACAAGGCCCGUACUGGAGAUUAAAGUCCAACAUUCCUCCAUCAGCGAAGCAUCCGGAUAUCCUUCCCAUUCCGGCUGCCAAUACCUCACCUCCCGCUAAUGGAAAAUCGACCGUUGGUGACGCUGCGGGCCGCCAUGUGUGCCUUGAGCCAUUCUGCAACGCAUCCCCUUUUAAGCGGAAAGCAGAUUUCCUACGACAUUACCACCACAGACACCGCGAUGCAAACCAGAAAACACCCUUUCAUUGUGAUUGGAAGAGAUGCCAAAGGUCUAAAGAGCCAUUCUAUCGACUCGAUCACUGUCGGGAACAUUAUCGUGACUACCACCAGGAAGACUUGUUGCGACGCGGCCCCAAUAAGGAAAAUGGUGAAUGGUGGAAGAGUCGCAAUAUUGACAACAAUUGGUGGCGCUGUCCCAAAUGCCUCAGCCGCAUUGCCAUCGAAAGCAAAGGUUUCCAAUGCACUAAAUGCAAAACAACUUGCGAACCUGAGAGACGGAAGCUGAGGGGCUACGAGUAAGCAGCCACACAAUGUAGCUGAGCGACAACACAACUCCCAACUUCGUCACCUUAGGUACAGGAGACUUAGCCCGUUACACCGAUAAAGACUGCGUUGCUUUAGAACGGUUCAGCAAUAAGUCUACCCC